UUUCCGGUCCCUGCUCUACAAAAAAAUUCCAAGUAAACCCACUCUCAAUAAGACCCAUCAUCACUCGUGAGGUCAUCCCUCUCCUUCCUGCUCCUCUCCCAUUUUGGCUCAGGGGUCUAAUUAAGUUCCUUGCUCUCAUCAUCAUUCCUCUAUAUUAAAACCCCCUUCCCCUAUAUUUUUUUUCUCUCUCCACAAAAUCUAAUCUUUUCCCCGACCCAAAUCCCAAAAUCCAAUCUUUUACAAAACCCAUAUCCUAAAUCCGAUGGCCACGGCCGCGGAUGCUGCGGCCAGCAUAAGCAUGCAGGUGAUGAUCGUAGCGGUGGUUUUCCUCUUCAUGGCGGUCAUCUUCGUCCUCUUCCUCUACCUCUUCGCCAGGUACUUCAUGGGUUCAAGCGCUGUCCUCCGACGCUCCCGGGCACGCUUCGUCUUCGUGGCCGCCGACCAAAUUCAAGCGGCUCAGCGUGGUCUCGACGCCGAGGUGCUGAAGUCUCUCCCCGUUUCGAUGUUCAACCCCUCUGAGUUCAAAGGUGGGCUAGAAUGCGCGGUGUGUUUGUCUGAAUUAUCCGAGGGAGAAGAAGUUCGAUUGCUUCCUAAAUGCAAUCAUGGAUUCCAUGUUGAAUGCAUUGAUAUGUGGUUUCAUUCUCAUUCUACUUGCCCUGUUUGCCGAACUUCGGUAACGGGAGAGUUUUCAUUUGAAACUCGACCUCAAGAGAGCGUUUCGGCGGGUGGGUAUUCGACAGAAUUGCCGAAUUUUCCUACCAAUGUGUUGUUCUGGGGGAACCAAGAUGAAGUCAGUAAUGGGGUUCCUCAAGAAGAGAGUUCGAGAUCUUCGAUGCUCGUAAUUGAUAUCCCGAGAAGGUCGAGUAGAUUUUCAGAGGAUGAGAUGAAAUCUCCAAUGGAGGAGGGAGCGAAAACACCAAAAUCUGCGAGGUUGAGGUCUUUGAGAAGGUUAUUGAGCAGGGGAAAGAUGGUAAUUGGUUCUUCCUGUAGUCCAAGGGAAGUUGAUAUUGAGCAAGGAGAGGGGAGUAGUCUAACUCCAAAAACUCCUAAUGGUAGGUCAUGAAAAAUAUGAAAAUUGGUCGUGGAUUUUGUGUUCUGAGAUGAAUUGGUAUAUUGCCAAUCACCAGAGUAUAGUUGUGGAUAUGAUACAUUGAGAUGGAUGCACUUAUGAAUAUGUACAAAGAAAUUUCUUGA